AUGCCACCAAAACCAGGAACGUGUUACAAGUGCGGACAAACCGGACACUACUCUCGAGAUUGCGCGACGCCGAAAGAGUCGUGGUUGCCGAAAGAUCAGAGAGAGGCACAUUUUUCCUCUCUCACUGCCAAAGCGACGACGACUACGAACAAUAAUAAUAAGAACGAUGAUGUGAACGACAACAACAACAACUACGAAGACGACGAGCGAGCGAUGGACAUCGGCGAUGGUGGUGCGGGGGGAACGACGACGACACCAAAAGCAGAAGAGAAAGAGUCGAAACGGAAACCAAAGUUUUCCGUGGAGGAACACGUUUUAGGCCCGAACGGAAUUCAAAAAGUCUACGAAACCUUCGCGGAUGUGUACGAUCGAGAAAGGAAAGGGAAAGGGAACGAGACGCACGAUAUUGCUUUGAUAUUAGGCAUGUAUAGAAAUUGGGCGCACGAGAUGUACCCGUACGAGGAUCCAGAUGUGGUGUUGGAGCGCGUGAGGAAGUUGAAGAACAACGCGCAAGUAAGGAACGCGAUGCAUAGUUUUAUGGAUAUGGGCUUAGGCGAGGACGAAGAUGGAGAUACGAAGAAAGGUAAAGCGAGCGCGAAGAAGAAGACGAAAGAGAAUAAAAGAAAGAGCGGCGAUGGUGAAGACGUUGACGACGACGACGACGACGAGGAUGAUAUUGUCGGUGAUGAUGUGGAAUUUCCAGACGACUCUGACGGAGGAGAAGAUGAAGAGGAAUACGACGAUGUCGAGUUUCCGGACGACGACGAGGAGGAGGAUGAAGACGCCAUGGACGCCAUGCGCGAAGCAGAAGGACUCACUAAACCAAUGAAGAAGAAAAAGAAGAAUAGUAACAAGAAAGCGGAAAAUAUGUUCGACGAUGCCGUCGCGCCCGAGAAAGAAGCGUUUAUGCUCCCUCCUUCAGACGACGAUGAGGAUAAGGACGAACCGUUAGAUAAAGAACGCGCCGAGCAAGCUAAGAAAGCCAAAGAGGAAGCCGCUGCGGCGAAGAAAGCUCGGGCAGAUCAAUUGAAAGAGGAGAAAAGACGACGCGUUCAAGAAACGUUGGCAGCUAUUAAGGCGAAGAAGGAUGCGGCGUUGGAGAGAACCCAUCAAAGUCAACGAGGAAACGCGGCUACUUCGAGCUCAUCGGAUGAUUCAGACUCCGAUUCGUCCUCACUUUCGAAGCAUUCAUCUGAUUCUUCCUCUUCUUCUUCUCUUUCCUCUUCGAGUGAAUCCAGAGGUAAAAAAGGGAAGAAAUCAACGAAAAAGAAGAAGAUUGCUGCCGCCGUCGAGAAGAAAGAAGAUAUGCCGCCGCGGAAGAAAUCGACGAAGAAGAAGAAGAGAAUUUUGAAAAAGAAGAAAGAUGUGGGAGGAGAAGAUGGAGGUGCGUCAGAGGAGGAUGCGGGGGCAAUACCAGACGCUGUGAAUUCGCCAUUUCGGCCAAAAUUGUUCAACCAAUCAUCUUCAGACGAAGAAGAAGAAGCCGAAAAACCGACUCGACAGCGCAGAGAGAUCAAGGGCAUGGCGAGCGAUUCGGAAUAA